AGAAUUACUCUCCUGCAAGUAUGGUGACUGAAGUGCUACGGAUACUCUGUGAUCAGAAAGAAUGUGCAAUCGAAUGCUUAUAUAACAACACUGUGGUGGACGCACUUCUUCAGCCUAUUCAUAAUUUAAUGAAAGGCACUAAGCCUUCCAUAUACACAUGCCUGGUCUCCCCUGGCCCCACCAAUCACUGCAGUAUAGUUACAGUCAUACUUUUGACAGGUGCUCAUACAAUCGCUCAGUUUUCAAAAAAGCUUCUUGAUGAAGAUAUUUCUAUUUUUUCUGGAUCAGAAAUGUUGCCCGCAGUUACAGGAGCCUUAAUUUCUGUGUGUCGCCAAAUAUAUGGUACCUGUGAAGGCCUGCAGGUGUUAAUGCCUUAUAGUUUGCAUGAAUCUAUAGCAAAGGCAUGGAAGAAGCAUCACAAUGCUCUAGGGGACAUGAUGCUUUUUACUUUGGCACAGGAUGACUUUAGUUCCUCCUCUUCUGUAGGACACAGCUGGUUUAUUAAUGCACUUAUAACUGAAUUGUGGGCCAAUCUGGAAUGUGGACGAGAUGAUGUUAGAGUAACCCAUCCCAGAUCUACUCCAGUGGAUCCUAUUGACCGAAGCUGUCAAAAGUCUUUUCUAGCACUGGUGAACUUGCUAUCCUAUCCUGCUGUUUAUGAGCUGGUAGGCAAUCAAGAUCUUCCUAAUAAAGCAGAGUAUUCUCUUCGUGAAGUCCCAACGUGUGUUAUCAAUAUUAUUGAUAGACUUAUAAUUUUGAAUUCUGAAGCUAAGAUUCAUUCUUUAUUCAACUAUGAACAAUCACACAUCUUUGGUCUAAGGGAUUUUAUAAUUGAUGGCUUAUCGGUAGAGAGAAAUCAUGUUCUUGUUAGAAUAAAUGUUAUUGGUGGACCAACAGAACGAAUUUUGCCUCCCAGGAUACUAGAGAAGGGUGACGAUCCGUAUCCUUGGCCAAUGUUUUCAUCAUAUCCUUUACCAAACUGCUAUCUGUCCGAAGUUCCAAGAAAUGCUGAUCUAAAACAAGACAAUGAUCUUGGCAAACUUUUAGUACGCUUCAAGAUGUCUGAUAAACAAACUGAGUGGAUAGAAAACUGCCGAAGACAAUUUUGCAAAAUGAUGAAGGCCAAACCUGAUAUAAUCGGUGGAGGUGCUUUAGUAGAGUUACUUGAAAAAUUUGUGCUUCAUCUCUCUGAAAGCCCAUCGGAAUGCUGCUUCCCCUCAGUGGAAUACACAGCUACUGAUGCAAAUGUGAAGAAUGAAAAUCUUUCAUCUGUGCAGCAGCUUGGCAUUAAAAUGACUGUCAGGUAUGGCAAGUUCCUCAACCUGUUGAAAGAUGGUGCAGAAAAUGAUCUUAGCUGGGUUUUAAAGCACUGCGAGAGAUUUCUGAAACAGCAGCAAGCUCCCGUAAAAUCUUCUCUUCUCUGCCUGCAGGGGAGUUAUGCUGGCCAUGACUGGUUUGUAUCUUCUUUGUUCAUGAUAAUGUUGGGGAACAAAGAGAAAACAUUCCGAUUUCUUCAGCGGUUCUCCAGGCUUCUGACCUCUGCCUUCCUUUGGUUGCCAAGACUACAUAUUUCU